AGGCUGACCCAAAGACCUGUACCAAGGAGUUGCACAAGAGGAAGAGAUAGAAACUGGAAGCUCUCUGAAUGUGCUGCCCACAGACUUAAGGCUUCUUUGGAGACUCAAGAUGACUUCCCACAAGAGAUGCUCUCUGGAGGGGUUGUGCUGAAGACAGAGCACUGCAGCCUCUAACUGGGACAGCUCCUGCUGGUCUGGAGCUGAGAGCGACUUCUCUCCUUCCCUUUUCCCUUGGAGAUGUUGCAGAGAUUUAAUCUGACCUCUUCCUCCUCGCCUGAAGCCUGCCGUGGCGAUGAUCCCACAGCCAGAUCCGACCACCAAAGAGAAGAGAAUUGUGUGUUUGAAGCUGGGCCAUCGUUGUAACUGAACUGGAAUUUACUCCCUGCUUGUGCUCCCGGAACGAGUGCCCUUUCUCUGCUUGUCUGUGUGUGUUUGGAGCCGCUCCUCCCUGGUCUUGUUUGGGAUUCCUGGGCUUGCCACGCUGAAUUUGCCCAUGGCUUUCCUGAUGAAAAAGAAGAAAUUCAAGUUUCAGACAAGUUUCACUCUAGAAGAGCUGACUGCUGUCCCCUUCGUCAAUGGGGUUCUGUUCUGCAAAAUCAGGCUGCUAGAUGGAGGAGACUUUGCUAGCUUAUCCACCAGAGAGGAAGUGCAGGAAAACUGUGUCCGCUGGAAGAAGAAAUUCACCUUUGUGUGUAAAAUGAGUGCUAACCCAGCCACAGGACUCCUGGACCCCUGCAUCUGCCGAGUGUCUGUCCGGAAGGAGCUGAAGGGCGGAAAAACCUACUCAAAGCUGGGCUUUGCUGAUCUAAAUCUGGCAGAAUUUGCAGGCUCUGGAUCCACUGUCCGUUGUUGCUUGCUGGAAGGAUAUGAUACUAAGAACACCCGACAGGACAACUCCAUCCUAAAGGUCACAAUCGGAAUGUCCCUGCUCUCAGGGGACCCCUGCUUCAAAACGCCUCCCUCCACCGCCAAAUCCAUCACCAUACCGGGACAGGACUCUACCCUGCAGCUGACCUGUAAGGGCGAGGGAACCACGAGCAGCAGCAGCAGCAGCAGUUCAGCCACGAUCGGCUCCCUGCGUCAGACCAAGCCAAGAGCUGCCAUUCUCAGCUCGGGUGUCCCAGAAGAACCGGAUCAGAACCUGUCCAGCCCAGAGGAAGUCUUCCACUCAGGGCACUCACGGAACUCCAGCUACGCCAGCCAGCAGUCCAAGAUCUCUGGUUACAGCACGGAGCACUCCCGCUCUUCGAGUAUGUCUGACUUGACCCAUCGCCGGAACACCUCCACCAGCAGCAGUGCGUCCGGGGGGCUGAGCAUGACAGUGGAGUGUCCUGAGGGAGAGCGGGACCACAAGCUAGAGAAGCCACCUCGCCCCCCUAGGCCAGCCAUUCUGCUGGAUAGACCCUCCCGGAGGAAAAAGGACUCAGUGGAGAGUCACCCAACACGAGUGGAUGACACCAGGAUCGAUGCUGAUGAUAUAGUGGAGAAAAUAAUGCAGAGUCAGGACUUCACAGAUGUCAGCAAUACUGAAGACAGUAACCUGAGGUUGUUUGUGAGCAGAGAUGGAACAACUACAUUGAGUGGUAUUCAGCUGGGAAACAGGGUCUCAUCUGGAGUUUACGAGCCAGUGGUGAUUGAAACCCACUAAAUGUGAAGAACAGGGUAGAGCUGCUGGAAACAGGCCCCCUACCCAGUCCGCUGCCACAUGGAUGCCAACCUUUACCUCUCUUCAUGCAGCAUUCCAGAAGGGAUUUCUCCACGCCCCUCCCCAUACAUUUGCACUGCAGAACUACUCCGAGACCACUCCAGAUCAUGCACUUUUCCCUGAGUGUUGGCAUUACCCUUCUCCACUUCCCAGUUCUUCCAGUGCCUGCCUUCCCCGUGUUCCUGUUCAGACGCAAGGUGUCUGUUGGGCUUAUCCUUAGUCCUAGAGGAUGUUGCUCAUCAUCCCUCACUCCACCCAUUCACUUGCAGCAGGGGACUUCUCAGCUUCUGUCUCCCCAAAGCAUUGGGUUUAUACCACUGUGAACUCUUCAAACCACUGGGGGAGAGGGGGAAACCGUUCUAACCAAACCGAGAGCUGCUUGUGGGUGACACGGUG